CUAAAAUGUUGUGAUAACAAUACAACAGUUCGUCAUUUCAGCUGCAAAAUAUUGCCUGCAGCAUGGCUUCAUUACUUACACUGGUUUUGCUACCAGCGCUAAUAGCGGUGGUGAAAUCUGAGUUUCCUCUCGAUGUUGAGGAACUAGCUGUGACUUUUAACAAUGCGGGUGAUGAAGUGUACAGACUUCCUGAAGACUUGGACCCUAUUCACUAUGACGUAGAGAUUACACCAUAUUUUGAAGCGACAGCUGAUAAAGAAGCUUUUACAUUCGAUGGUGUCGUAACGUUGACUGUCAGAGCAGUUAAAGAAAAUAUUUCAUCACUCAUUAUUCAGGAGAACGUACGUGAAAUACUUUCAGUCACAUUAACUAAUCAGGCAGGAGUUCCUCUGAAUUUGGAUCCAUUUAAUCCUUUUGAAAGAAUUCGCGAAUAUCACUUCCUGAAAGUUAAUCUGAGGGAGGGUACGACUCUUACUUUAUUAGAAGUAUACAAGCUAACUAUCACAUACAUUGGUAAUAUCAAUGAAACGCCAUUAUCAAGAGGUGUCUUCAGAGGAAGUUACAAGGAUGACGAUGGCAAACUACACUGGUACGCGGCCAUACAUCUACAGCCUACGAACUCCAGGCAAGCCUUCCCAUCCUUCGAUGAACCAGGGUUUAAGUCGACCUUCGACAUUAUCAUUAACAGGCCCGCUCAUUUUACUGAAACUUUUUCAAAUAUGAAAAUAAAGGAAACUAUCAGCAAUGGCGACCGUGUAAAAGAAAUUUUCUACACCACACCAAGGAUGUCAGCAUACUUGGUCACUUUCCAUAUUAGUGAAGAAUUCAAGGUUAUAGCCGAUAACGGUAACAGCACCAACAGUUACCGUGUGAUUGCAAGACCGAAUGCUGCUGACCAAGGCCAAUAUGCUCUCGAGAUUGGACCACCAAUCACCAAAUGGUUGGAAGAAUAUUUGGGCAUUGAUUACUACACGAUGGGUGAAGACAUGAAAAACGACCAAAUUGCAGUCCCUGAUUGGGCAUCAGGAGCAACUGAGAACUGGGGAUUAGUGUCAUACAGAGAACUGCGACUGUUGUAUGAAGAGGGUGAAACUAACUCUCAAGACAAAAUGUAUAUCGGUACAAUUAUUUCCCACGAACUGGCGCACAAGUGGUUUGGUAAUUUGAUUACAUGCAGAUGGUGGGACAACGUUUGGAUCAAUGAAGGUUUUGCUAGCUAUUUUGAAUACUUCGCCAUAGAUGGUGUUGAUAAAAAUAUGGAAUUAGAAGACCAGUUCAUUGUUCGCUACCUCCAGAGCGCCCUAUCUACUGAUUCCUCAGCUGCAACGAGAGCACUUGAACACACUGUUAACUCACCAACUGAAGUGACAGGUCAUUUUAGUGGUAUUAGUUACUCCAAAGGUGCUUCUUUACUACUAAUGUUGAAACAUUUCGUCGGAGAAUCGACCUUUAAGAAGGCUUUGAAUCACUUCCUGGUUGACAAAUCAUACCAGCAUGCUUUCCCUUCAGACCUUUAUAACAGUUUCAAAAUAGCUACUGAAGAGGACGGAGUAUUGAGUAAUGAUGUGGAUAUUUAUGAGCUCAUGAAAUACUGGGUUGAAGAGCCUGGUUACCCAGUGAUCAACGUUAAUGUAGACAUCAACGACAAUAAGAUACAUUUAUCCCAGGAACGUUUCUUUAUCAGUGCCUCAGCAUCUCAAACUGAACAAGUAUGGCCGGUUCCCGUGACAUUUACGACUGGAAGUAAUCCCAACUGGGAAAAUCUUACGCCAGAAUACGUUUUUGAUUCUCGUGACAUGAUGAUAAACCAGGAACUGUCAAACGAGUGGGUGAUAUUUAAUUUACAACAGAAAGGAAUAUACAGAGUAAACUACGAUGUAAACAACUGGCAAUUGAUUGCUAAUGCCCUGAAAAAUGACGUUUCUAGUAUUCACCACAUUAACAGAGCUCAGAUCGUAGACGACGUGUUUGCUUUGAUGAGGUCGGAGCGAAUGACUUACGAUCUUGGAUUCAAAGUGUUAGAUUUCCUGAAGGACGAUACCAGCUACUACUCAUGGUAUCCAGCUAUUACUGGUUUUAGCUGGUUGAGAAACCGUUUCAUACAUCUACCUGAUACCUUGGCGCAAUUCGAUGCUAUUAUCAUGGAAUUCUUAGAGAAGGUUAUCGAUGAACUGGGUUACGAUGUCCGCACUGGCGAGGUGUUCACGACAACGCUGAACAGAUUUUACAUCCUAAACUUUGCCUGCACCAUCGGUCACCAAGGCUGCAUCGACAACGCAAUCGAAAAAUUCAAUAACGCCAUUCAAAAUAAUGUUAAGGUCCACCCAGAUAUAAGGAGGCAUGUGAUGUGUCAAGGUCUCCUGAACUCUGGCUACGAGGAGUGGUACCAGGUACACCAACAAUGGGCGUCUGCAAACAACGCCGCCGCCAAAACUGAGCUUUUGAGAUCACUGGGAUGCACUACACAUAGCCAAGCUGUUCAGGCAUAUCUGCAAAUGAUACUGAGCGAUGAUAUCAAGUCUCAAGACAGUAUAAACGCUUUUACGUAUCUGUUCAUGGGAGACAGAGCAAAUGCAAAGGUUGCUUUGGAAUUCUUGAAAGAAAACCACUUAAUGAUUCGUGAAAAGGUUGUCCUUCAGUCGUGGUUCGAAUCACUUUUGAUCAACAUUGCAGCUUAUCUAGAUGGAGAAGGCUUAAGCGAUAUGGAGCAGUGGCUAAGAACCAACCAAGCGUCAGUGCCUAGUGCAUCUGUGGGUCUUAGUGGAGUGAACUCUGCCAGAGCGAACAUGGACUGGGGAACAGAGAGAGCAAGCAUGAUCCUUCGGGCUGCUAGAGGAUCUGCGUCUCUUGCACUACCAGGCACCAUGAUGUUGUUGAUUUCAUCAGUUGUGAUGCUAUUGAAGAAUUAACUUACUACUAACUAAUGUUGUAAAUAACUAAUUUAUUAAGAGAUUGUAAUUUAGUUGUGUGAAAAGAGA